AUGCCCUCCGUACAAAUCCUCGACGGCGGCCUCGGCACCUCGCUAGAAGAUAAAUACGGCGUCCACUUCACUAGCACAAACACUCCCCUCUGGGCCUCCCACCUGCUAGUCUCAGACCCUGCAACGCUGCAAGCCUGCCAGAGAGACUUCGUCGACGCAGGAGCAGACGUGCUCCUCACGGCAACAUACCAAGUCUCGCCGGAGGGGUUCGCACGCACUAAGACGACCGAAUUCCCUGAUGGAAUUCCGCGCAGUGCUGUUCCCCGGUUUCUGGAAACCGCCAUCCAUGUUGCAGAGCAAGCUGCUUCUUCGCAUGGUAAGAUUGCCUUGAGUCUGGGUCCCUACGGGGCCUGUAUGAUCCCCGGCCAGGAGUACAGUGGCGAGUACGACGCGGAGCAUGAUAGCGAAGAGGCACUGUACCAGUGGCAUCUGUCCCGGCUGCGACUGUUUCGAGAUGCAGCGGGUGGCGAUUUGCUUUCGCGGGUGCAGUAUGUUGCGUUUGAGACGCUGCCGAGACUUGAUGAAGUGCGUGCUGUGAGGCGUGCGGCUUGGGAUGCUGGAGUUACGGCUCCAGUUUGGAUUUCGUGUGUCUUCCCUCGUGAGGAUGAGUGUUUGCCGGAUGGGAGUAGCGUGGAGGAGGUUGUUGAUGCAGCGGUGGCACCUAUGCGGGGCGGAGUUGUGCCAUGGGGCAUUGGAGUGAAUUGUACGAAGAUCCAGAAACUAUCUGGGCUGGUUGAAAAGUUUGGAACUUGUAUUAGGCAGGUUAUUGUUGCUGGUCACAUCCUAACUGCGCCUGCUUUGGUUCUGUAUCCAGAUGGCACGAAUGGGGAGGUCUAUAAUACCACUACGCAGGCCUGGGAGAAACGGGAGACUACGGAUACUCGAGAGCAGACUGAUAGGCAACCAUGGGAAACCCAGCUUGAGCAGGUGGUCAAUGAUGCCAGCACAAAGGGCCAUUUCGAGUCCUUCCUUAUCGGCGGCUGCUGCAAGGCAUCCCACCAGGAUAUCAAGAGGCUGCGCGAGAAGUUCCAGUAG